UCAUUGCUUCGCAGUUCCCACCAUAGGUCCAAAACCCUCUCUCUUUCUCUCUCUCCCAAUAACUGCUUCUGAUGAAACCAGAAAACCCCCUCCACCUUCUCUCCCAGAAAUUGACCACCGGAUGUCCGAUCAUCGACUGUGUCCUCUCUGGUGGCAUUCCCUGCAACUCUAUUACCGAACUCGUCGCCGAGAGUGGUUGUGGCAAAACCCAACUCUGUCUCCAACUCGUCCUCUCUGCCCAGCUCCCAAUAUCUCAUGGAGGCCUCAGAGCCUCCUCUCUCUACAUCCAUUCUGAAUUCCCCUUCCCCCUUCGCCGCCUCGAACAACUCUCCCUCUCCUUCCGCUCGUCUCACCCCCACCUCUUCCCCCCUCAAGAUCCUUGUGAUUUCAUCUUUGUUCGUGCCGUCCAAUCUGCUGAAGAAUUACUUCUUUUAUUAGACAGAAUUGAUGCUCUGCUCACAGACCCACCUUCAAAAUUACCUGUGAAGGUGAUUGUGAUUGAUUCGAUUGCGGCACUCUUUCGUUCAGAAUUUGAGAACACUCCGGCUGAUCUCAAGCGCAGGUCAUCUCUGUUUUUCAGGAUUUCAGGGAAGUUGAAAUCACAGGCGAAAAGGUAUGGACUUGCUGUUGUAGUUACGAAUCAGGUUGUUGAUUUUAUGGCAUCUGAUGGUGUUCAUGGGCUGAGAGUUGGAAAUAUGAGGUGCUUUUAUUCAUCUGGAAGGCGGGUUUGCCCUGCUUUGGGGUUGGCCUGGGCAAACUGUGUAAAUUCAAGGUUGUUCUUGUCAAGGAAUGAUGAGAUUGUUGGUAAAGAUUCAGGGUUGGAGGAUGGAGGGGUUGGGGGUACAGGUGUUGUGAAGACUAGAAGGAAAUUGCAGGUCGUUUUUGCACCCCAUUUACCAGAAGCUGCUUGUGAGUUUGUGAUUGUGAGAGAAGGGAUUUUUGGAAUGAACAUGUAAAGAUUCUUUAGUUUUCUGUUGUCUAUUUUUGUUUUUGUA